UCCUCUCCCCUCCCCUCCCCUCCCCUGUAAUCUCUCCUCUUCCCCAGACCCCUCUCUGUUCCUCUCAUUGGAUCGGAAAGAAGAGAGAUUGGGCGGUGACACUCCACCUCCAUCGAUCCCCUCGAGACCUAACCAGCAUACGCGAAUCGCCGAUCCGGACCAUGGACGCCAACUGGCGGCCCACCCAAGGGUCUGGCCCCGCCGGCGGCGGCGGCGGCGGCGGCGCUGACCCGCCCCCCGCCGGAGGCGACUGGCGCGCCCAGCUCCAGCCCGAGGCGCGCGGCAGGAUCGUCGAUAAGAUAAUGGAGACUCUGAAGAAUCAUCUGCCAGUAUCUGUGCCUGUGACGCCAGAGGCACUGAACGAACUUCAAAAAAUCGCUGCGCGAUUCGAAGAAAAGGUCUAUACCGAAGCAACCAGUCAGUAUGAUUAUUUGCGGAAGAUUUCUGUGAAGUUGCUCUCAAUGGAGACGCAGAGACAGCAGGCUCCUGGAAAUGCUUUGCUGAUUCCAAAUCAAAACAACCCUGCCCCUGGACUCCAUCCACAAGGCAGUAAUCAAGCACAGACAUCAGCAGUUCCCUUGAUGUCUCAGCAACAGGCCCGGCAGCCAAAUGCUUCUACAUCUGUACAAGCUUCUUCACUCACUAAUAUCAGACAGAACUUGCCAGGUGUCAACCAAACAUCAAUGAUGCAGACUGCGUCUGUCAUUCCACAAAACACAAUGAAUAAUGGCUUGGCGCAAGGCACUUCACAAGAUGUUUAUGCUGCACAAAGGCAAAUGGCAGGCAGGCAGCAACAGGAACAAUCUCAGCAAUUAAUUUAUCACCAGCAUCAACAGCCUUCUCUGCAGAGUCAGCAGCCCAAUAUUCCUUUACAACAGCAGCAACAACAGUUGAUGGGACAACAGCCAAAUUUACAACAAAAUCAGCUAAUUGGUCAACAGAAUGGUGCUGUGAUGAUGCAGCAGCAACAGAGGCUAACAGUUCAGUCAAAUAAUCUUUUGAAUGUGCAGCAAACACAUCAGAUGUUGAACCAGCAGUAUAUGCCUUUGUAUCAGCCACAACAAUUGGGCUCUCAAGCAAAUAUGUUGAGUCUAAAGCAGCAUCAACAAAAUCAACAGCAGCAGCAACUUUUUGGAACUGUGCCUAAUGUGUCAAACAUGCAGUGGAUGCAUAUGCAACAAACAAAAGCUCAGCAACCACAGCAACAACAUGCUCAGCAGCCACCAAUGGGUUUGAUGCAACCUCAGUUUCAACACAAUCAACUUCAACAAUUGCAACAUCUUAUGCCACAGUUCCAGUCUCAGCCUAACCAACUACAAGAGCAAUUAAGGACGCAGCAGCAAUCCUCCAUGCAGCAAAGACUUCAAACUUCAGGAGCCAUGUUCUUGCAACAAAAUAACAUGGAUCAGCAAAACCAGUUUAUUCAGGCACAGAGGGGCCUUCAAGAAGUUUCCUCUAGUACAUCUGCGGACUAUACUGCUCAAACAGGCCAUGCAAGUGCAGGUGAUUGGCAAGAGGAGAUACAUCAAAUGAUUAAGAGGUUAAAGGACCAAUACUUUGCAGAACUCAGUGAAUUAUUCAAUAAGAUGUCUGUGAAGCUACAGCAUGUUGACAGCAUUAUUCCACCUCAAAUAUCAUCUGAGCAGUAUGAUAGAAUGAAGAGCUUUAAAAUAAUGUUGGAGCGCAUAUUACAAAUGCUGCAAAUUGGUAAAAGUAGUGUCCAACCUGCUAUGAGGGACAAAGUUCCUCGAUAUGAGAAACAGAUUAUCAGUAUCUUGAACUCAAAAAGGAAGCCAGUGCAGCCACAAAUACAACAACAAUUCCAGCCACCUCCAGGCCAUGCAGGUGCAGGUGAUUGGCAAGAGGAGAUCUAUCAAAUGAUUAAGCGGUUAAAGGACCAAUACUUUGCAGAACUCAGUGAAUUAUUCAAUAAGAUGUGUGUGAAGCUACAGCAUGUUGACAGCAUUAUUCCACCUCAAAUAUCAUCUGAGCAGUAUGAUAAAAUGAAGAGCUUUAAAACAAUGUUGGAGCGCAUAUUACAAAUGCUGCAAAUUGGCAAAAGUAGUGUCCAACCUUCUAUGAGGGACAACGUUCCUCGAUAUGAGAAACAGAUUAUCAGUAUCUUGAAUUCACAAAGGAAGCCAGUGCAGCCACAAAUACAACAACAGUUCCAGCCACCUGCAGAUUAAGAGCCUGAAGGAUCAAUACUUUGCAGAACUCGGUGAACUGUUCAAUAAAUUAUCUGUGAAGCUACAGCAUGUUGACAACAUUAUACCACCUCAAAAUCCAUCUGAUAAGUAUGACAGAAUGAAGAGCUUUAAAAUAAUGUUGGACCGUAUAUUACAAAUGCUGCUAAUUAUCAAGAGUACUAUCCAACCUGCUAUGUGGGACAAAGUUCCUCAAUACGAGAAACAAAUUAUCAGUAUCUUGAAUUCACAAAGGAAGUAGUGCAGAAAAAAAAGGAAGCUAGUGCAGUCACAAAUACAGCAACAGUUCCAGUCACCUUCAGGACAAGCUCCCAAUUCUAGCAUUUUGCAGCAGCAACAGACUUCCCAAAAUUUGCAGCAGCAUGAUACUCAUACUAAUACUCAAGCAAAUUUGUCAAGUAUGAGCACCCCAUUACAGUCCUCUAGUGCAGAUGGUAUCCAGCAUGUACCUGCGCCUCCAACAACAAACUUCAGUGGCCCCAUGCAGCAAAAUGGUGCAAGCAUAUAGCAUCAGGUUCGCUCUAAUUUGGAGGCAAUUUCAAUUCUUUGCAGCAUGGUUCGUUGAGUGGUGCAUUACAAUAGGGAAGCUCUGGGCCGAUGCAGGGAACAAUGAAUACACAACUGCCGACAAGUAGUGGCAUGUUAUAUCACAACCCAAUCAGUAUGCCAACCUAACGGUAACUCCAUGCAAGAAAAUGCAAGUUUAUUACAGCAGCUGAAGCAGCAACAGCAGGAUCAUCAUAUGAUGCAGUGUCAGCAAACAAAGCGUCAGAUGUUUCAACAGUACCAGAAAAGCAACAAAUGCUUCAACAAUUAUAGAAACAACAAGUACAGAUGCAUCUUCAUGCUGGAGAUGAUGUUAAUGAGUUAAAGGUUAGACAAGGAAUUGCAAUGAAAUCUGGAGUUUAUCAACAGCACUUGGGCCAAUGCAGUAACUAUUAUCAUAAUCACAGUUGAAACAGAGUGGUGCUUUCCCAAUUUUGUCACCACAAAACUUGCAAGCAUCAUCCCCACAAAUUUCGCAGCAUUCCCCUCAAGUUGAUCAGAACAAAUUUCGGCUGUUCCAAGUACUACUUUACGAUGCAAAACAAUUCUUUAACUGCAUGGUGCACAUUCAUGAGUAUCCUUGGAUCCUGAUGUAACUAUCAAGUCCCUCGCCUUGUGAUAUCCUUCUGGUCACUCCUCGAUCAAUAAUCGCUGCAAUGAGAAUCCAACCAGGCCAAUCCUUUUUUACCUUAACAUAUAUGAAAUGGUCGAGCGUUUGCUUUGCAAAGAUAAAGGUGCUGCUGUUGGAGCAUGGGCACAAUCAGAGCAGGGUGGAGGCAACUCGGCACCAGAUCGUGGAUUGACAGGGAGGCGGUGAUUGGCAGUUGCAAAUGGUGGACGGGGUGGACGCUGGUGGCAUCUGAUCCCACAUUCGGCAACAGUGGGAUCCGUUCAUUGGUCGUUGUUUGCCACUGGUGUGGAAUCAGUAGUAGCAAGACUAAUUUACUUGCUGCUGAAAAACUGACUGUCGAUUUGGAAGGGUACCAGCCACAUACGAAAGCAUGCCACUCAGUUCCUACUUUACAAUGCUCACGGUGACACGCAUCUGAGAUUCUGAAUGUGCAACAUCCAAGACAUGGUGCCACGCCUUGAAGAAUCAGCUUUCUAACCACACAGCAUGCUUUCUAAAGGGCACCGCUAGGCAUCAGCUACAACUGAUGGUUUGCUUCCUGUCAGAUCGGUUGGUAGUGAUUAGGUGCAUUCCAGUCGUCUGAUCUAUUGUCUAGAUUCCUUUGUUCAAUGCCUGAUUUGUUGAUAACUACUUCCGUGAAAUCUGCUGCUUCCUAAUCGUUGUCCCCACAAUCUGUGAUUUGUUUCCUAAAACUGCUUGCUGGCUUCAAAUUCCAUUAUUUGCGGA